AUGGCUGGUCGCUACGAACGAGUCAACGUCCAAGAUGAGGAGGACCCCCAUCAACAACAACGCAGCGUUGGCCAACCAGUCCCCGACUCGCCACCACCUUCCUUUCGCUCACGGGCAUCAUCCCGCACAAGACAGAACCAGGUCGACCCCGACCUUGCCGACGCAUUCGAUAGCGACAAUGAGAGCGACGACGAGAUUGAUGACCGACAACGAUUAGUGCGCCAGGCGGCGACGCCCGCCACGACGGCCAGUGGGAGCACGUCGCCCACGUCGGCACACCACACGCCCCCCUCAGCAGCAUCGGCAGCGUCGGCAGCGACGGUGGCGUCCGCGACGACAAGAGGACGAGUCGUCGGCGGCGGUGUUGGCACCGAUGGCGUGUUCGCCAAUAUGUCGGCACGACCAGAGCGCGAGGCUGCCGCCGAGAAGGAGGAAAUGCCACCGACAUAUGAGCAAGCCGCAGCCGAUUCUGCACCACCAUACUGGGAAACGACGAUUUUGGCCCCGGGCCUAGGAGGACUAGACGAAGUAUACGUGGACGGCAUGCCCGUGGGCUCCGUAUUUUCCUUUAUCUGGAACGGCAUGAUUUCGACGUCCUUUCAGCUCGUUGGGUUCCUCCUGACGUACCUGUUGCACUCGACGCACGCUGCCAAGAAUGGCUCCCGCGCCGGCCUCGGCAUCACGCUUAUCCAGUACGGCUUCUAUAUGAAGAGCACAGCCGACGGUGAGCCUCCUGCUAUGAACGGCCCGGACGGCUACGCCGAGCCGCAGGACCCCAACGCGCACGACUUUCAGCCCGGCGACGUCGCGGGCAGCGGUGGUGGCGGCGUCGACUUUACCGGCGGCGAGUGGCUGUCGUAUGUGCUCAUGAUUCUCGGUUGGUUCAUCCUCAUCAAGAGCGUCGCCGACUUUCUGCAGGCCCGCCGUCACGAGCAGCUCGUGAUGCAAAGCCCGGAUCGCGGGCUCGGCGUGCCCGUCAUUGCCGAAGGCGAGUCGGCAGACCGGGUUGUCUAA